GCCGGGGCGGAGCCAAGAUGCGCUGGGAGGUGACGCACACACUUUGGAGCUCGCCAGGCUCCCGGCCGACCCCAACCAAGGCCCACACCGCAGGAGGCUUCCCGGGCUUCCCCUCGGUUGAAAAUGGUGUCCAGGGUGGUUUCUACCACUAUGCUGUUUUGGCUGGCCUUGGGGUGGACUCCAGUAUUUGCUUACAGCCCACGGACACCUGACCGGGUCUCAGAAACAGACAUCCAGAGGCUGCUCCACGGUGUUAUGGAGCAGCUAGGUAUUGCCAGGCCACGGGUGGAAUAUCCAGCUCACCAGGCCAUGAACCUUGUGGGUCCACAGAGCAUUGAAGGUGGAGCUCAUGAAGGUCUGCAGCAUUUGGGUCCGUUUGGCAACAUCCCCAACAUCGUGGCAGAGUUGACUGGUGACAACAUUCCCAAGGACUUUAGUGAUGAUCAGGGCUACCCAGACCCUCCCAAUCCCUGUCCCGUCGGGAAAACAGUAGAUGACGGAUGUCUAGAAAACACCCCCGACACAGCAGAGUUCAGUCGGGAAUUCCAGUUGCACCAGCAUCUUUUUGAUCCGGAACAUGACUAUCCAGGUUUGGGCAAGUGGAACAAGAAACUGCUUUAUGAGAAGAUGAAGGGAGCAGAGAGACGGAGACGCAGGAGUGUCAAUCCAUAUCUACAAGGACAGAGACUGGAUAAUGUGGUUGCCAAAAAGUCUGUCCCCCAUUUUUCGGAAGAGGAUAAGGACCCAGAGUAAAAAGAAGGUGCUGCGUGUCAUCUCCCACUGCAUGUUAGACCUCAGUGUUGCUUGUAUGUGCAUGCAUGAUGAGAGUCCCUAGGAAUGACAGCAUGCUUCUUAUGUAGAUAAUUAUGGAUAAAAAACAGCUGCAAUUUGGAUACUGCCUUGUCCCACACACUGACAGCUCUACUUUCUGCUGAACUAGAAAGAGCUUUUGUUGCUUUUUUGUUUCUCUUUUAUGUGGAUCUGCAAUGAGAAUUAACAUGAAAAUUAUAUGUCAAGAACAAUAAAAAGCCAGACUAAGAAAUGCUCAGAUUUGUCACAGUAUACGAUGGUGUUUGGGGGCUGUACUAUUUUGGUCAAGACUGUGAAAAGUUGGCAUUUGAUUUUGAUUAUGUGGUGUAGCCAGCCCUUGGGUAUUGUUACACACCAAUAAAGAAGGUUGCUCCAUGAAGAAGAGUUAACACAUUUCACUUGGCUAUAUCCUAAUAAAUGUGUAUGCAAGCA